AUGGAAAACCCUCAUAUUUUGGUUUUGCCUUUUCCAGUACAAGGUCACAUUAUGCCUCUUAUGGAACUUUCUCAAACCCUGGCCACCCAUGGCUGCAACAUCACCUUUGUUAACAUCGAAACCAAUCACCGCCUCAUCGCCGCCGCGGUUUCCGAUGAUGACGUGGGUCUCAACCCUAGAAUUCGACUCGCCUUUGUACCCGGCAAGGAGGAAUCGUUCAUGAAGAUAGGCGAGGUGAUUACGCGAUCCAAGCUGGAGGAUCUCAUACGUCAGAUUGAAAAUGGAGAUGAUGAUGAUGAUCAUCAUCACCACGGUCCAAUUACUGGCUUCGUGGUCGAUGACGCCAUGGGAUGGGCCCUAGCUCUCGGUCUUGAAAUGGGAAUCAAGACCGCAGUUUUCACCCCUUACCCGGCUCUUACUUUGUUUAUCAUAUCCAACAUUCAGAAACUCAUUGACGAUGGAAUCAUCGAUGAAGAAGGAAAUCCGCUGAAGGAAACAGUUGAAUUUUCACCAACAUUACCAGCUUUUAAUGUGAAAGAUUUUAUAUGGAGGAGAUUUGAAACUGCGGCGGUGCAAAAAUCGAUUUUUAAUUUAUUUAAAGAUGGCAUGGAAACUGCAAAAUUGGCUCAAUGGACCAUCAUCAACACGAGCCGAAGCAUAGAGCCAGCAGCCCUGAGUUUGGUUCCGCAAGCUCGAGCUAUAGGUCCACUCAUCUCAACCAACCGACUCGGAAGCCUCAUGCAUGCAGAGUUAGACGCCAGCCUCAAAUGGUUGGACCAACAACCACCAAACUCUGUAAUAUAUGCUUCAUUUGGGAGCACAACCAUUUUUAGCCAUGAUCAAUUUCAUCAUUUGGCUAUUGGACUUGAGCUCACAAAUAUGCCAUUUCUAUGGGUAAUUAGACCCGGCAGCGUAAAUGGGUCCGAACUCGACUACCCGGAAGGGUUUUUGGAUCGGGUAGGGAGUCGAGGGAAGGUAGUGAGGUGGGCACCUCAGGAGAAGGUUUUGGGACAUCCAUCGGUUGCUUGUUUCUUUACUCAUUGCGGUUGGAAUUCGACUAUUGAAGCUGUUAGCAACGGUGUGCCUCUGGUGUGUUGGCCAUACUUUGGUGAGCAAUUCAUGAACCAAAGUUACAUUUGUAAUGUUUGGAGGGUUGGUUUGGGAUUUGAGAGGAAGGAUGAGGAGAUUGUAAGCAAAGAAGAAAUUAAAGAAAAGAUUGAGACUUUGGUUAGUGACAAAUCUUUCAAGGAUAGGGCUUUGGAACUUAAGGAGUCAACUCUAGCUAGUGUCAAGGAAAAUGGUAGCUCCAACAAAAACCUGCUUGAUUUUAUUGAGUGGGUGAGGAAUUGA